AGGCUGUGCAUGUGGGGCACGAUGGUGCCUGCCAGGGUGCUGGGGCUGCUGCUGUGCGUGCAUGUCUGCAUGGGCAGCGAGGAGCUGCGGCUGGUGGAUGGCGGUGGGCGCUGUGCCGGUCGCGUGGAGGUGAAGCACGAAGGCGAAUGGGGCUCCAUCUGCAGCUACGACUUCGACUGGGACAUACGAGGGGCGGGUGUGGUGUGCCGCCAGCUGGGCUGUGGCACGGUGGCCCAUGCGUCCCCAUACGCCCCAUUUGGGCAGGGCAAGGGACGCAUCUGGCUGCAUCCCUACUUCUGCCAAGGCACUGAGACCGCCCUGCAGAACUGCCCCAACUUUGGCUGGGGGAACCACUACUGUGGCCAUGAGUGGGAUGUUGGGGUGAUCUGCACAGAGGCGCUGGAGCUGCGGCUGGCAGACGGUCGGGGACCCUGCGAGGGGAGAGUGGAGGUGAAGCUGCAGGGACGCUGGGGCACAGUGUUUGACGAUGCUUGGGACAUGGAUGAUGCUGAGGUGGUGUGCCAGCAGUUGGGCUGUGGCUCGGCUGCAAGCACGAAGUUUACCUGGCGAAUUUCACAAGUUAGCAGUCCUGUAAUGUUGGUCCGUGUCAACUGCAAUGGGACCGAGAAAGCCAUCUGGGACUGCAACAUUCAGGGUUGGGGUCCCUACAGUGCCCUUCUUGAUUAUGACACCUCUGUGGUCUGCCAAGGGUUCUCCCGGCUGGCCGGAGGGGACAGCGAGUGCUCUGGGAGGCUGGAGGUGCGGCAGGGCCAGGCCUGGGUCACCGUCUGCCACGGCCAUGUGGACCACAUGGCUGCCCAGGUCGUCUGCAGGGAGCUGGGCUGUGGUACUACAGUGGCCCUACCCGGAGCUGGGCAGUUUGGAGCAGCAGCACUGCCGUUCUGGGAUGGCGCCUUCAAGUGCAACGGCACUGAGCCCCUCCUUUCUGCUUGCACACAGCAGCCUCCUCACAUUGAGACCUGCACCCAUGCUGCUACAAUUAUCUGCUCCCCUUACACCAAGUUCCAGCUGGUGGACGGAGGCUCAAUCUGCACAGGGCGAGUGGAGGUGGAGGCACGAGGGGUGUGGGGACCCCUGUGUGCCACUGCCUGGGACCUGCCUGAUGCACACAUCCUCUGCCACCAUCUGGGCUGCGGCUCUGCCAUCUCCCUGCCCCCACCCGGCCAUUUCGGGAUGGGAACAGGGAUGCCGCGGAGCGAUGCCCUCAGAUGCAGUGGGAGCGAGCGGCACCCAGGCCAGUGCCCCGUGGAGGUGCUGGGGCAGCCCGCCUGCCCCCCCGGGCACACUGCAGCCGUCAACUGCUCAGGUGUCGCCGAGCCCCUGCGGCUGCACGGUGGGGAGAGCCGUUGUGACGGGCGGCUGGAGGUGGCCGUGCGCCCCGGAGUCUGGGCCCGUGUGCCUGUGGGGCUGUGGGACAACGGCACUGCCACCGUGGUGUGCCGGCAGCUGGGCUGCGGUGUGCCUGAGAAAAUCCAUGCUGCGCCAGCCAAUGGCUCGGGCCCCAUAGAGCUGCAGGAGCUGCGCUGUGUUGGCACCGAGGAGCUCCUGGCACAGUGCAGUGUAACACGGAUGGCCACAGAGCCCAGCAAGAGCCCCGAGGAGUUGGCCAUCGCCUGCUCAGGAAGCAAGCAGCUGAGGCUGGUGGGCGGCCGCGGGCGCUGUGCUGGCAGGGUGGAGGUGUACAGCGAGGGCACCUGGGGCACCAUCUGCCAGGACUCCUGGACCCUGCAGGAUGCCACUGUUGUCUGCCGCCAGCUGGGCUGCGGAAGGGCCCUGGAGGCUCCUGGCUCCGAGCGCUUUGGGCCUGGCACUGGGACGCUGUGGCUGGGUGCUGGGGGCUGCGCGGGGACAGAGGAUGCUCUCUGGCACUGCCCGGCCCCAGUGCAGCGCGGCUGCCGGCGUGGCGGCGGUGCGGGCGCCGUGUGCUCAGGGCUGCUGGACCUGCGGCUGAUGGGGGGAAGCAGCAGAUGCAGUGGGCACCUGGAGGUGCUGCAUGAGGGGACGUGGGGUCGUGUUUGCGCCAAUGGCACCAGCCCUGCCACGGCCUCUGCCGUCUGCCGCCAGCUGGGAUGUGGCACAGCGGGGAGUCUGACAGACAACCCUGCAGAGGGCUCCGAGCCCGCCUGGCUGAGCUGGGUGAGGUGUGAGGAGGGGGCCCGCUCGCUAUGGCGCUGCCCCUCGGCACCCUGGCAGCUGCAGGAAUGCGGCCCCACCGGGAUCACACACAUCACGUGUGACGAGGACAGCAGGGACAGCAGUGAGGCCACCAGCCCAGCCCCAGCUCUCACCCACAGCGCUGUCCCGCUGACUGCAGCACCGAGGAGUGUGUCAGCACUCACGGUGCUGUGUGUGCUCCUGGGGACGCUGCUCUGUGUGGCCCUGGCCGCCCUGGCCGUGCAGGCACACCGCACACAGUCCAAGUGCCAAGGCCCCAGCAAGGAUGCUGCCUCCGAGGCUGUGUAUGAGGAGCUGGACUACAGCCUGAUGCCAGAGUACCAGGAGGUGCCCAGCCACACAGGCUCCCUAUCCCAGGGCUCAGGGAGAAAACUGUCCAAUCACAGUGGGGACGGCGCAGAGGAGAGUGACCUCCAGGUGUCCCCAGACCCCCCUGCCCAGCCCCAGCACAGCCCCUCGCAUGGCUACAACGACGUUAUGGCUGUGCCGGAGGUGUCCACCUCUCCCCAGCCCGGGGAUGCCCCGGCACAGCCCCCCGAGGACAUGGGCUAUGACGACGUUGGUGUCUGCACCCUGGGGACGUCGCUGUGAGCAGGCCCUGGGGACAUGGCUGGGACAGGGACCUCUGUCCCCAAGACGCCGUGGCAGCAUCACCGCUCCCUCUUCAGUGCUGCAUGUAACAGCAGCAAACCGCUCGGUUCUCCUUCCUGCAGCCGGGACACAACAGCUCAACAGCUUUUUUUUAAUUAUCUUCCUGUAGCUCCCUCCUUAUGAGUACCUCUUUUAAUAAACAUUAAAAGCCCAGAACUCUGCAGAAA